AGCAGAGGACCCACAAUAAGUCUGCACUAAUGGGCAACAUGAUACCAUAACUUUUUCAUGCAAUUCUCUGGACCCCUAUUCCUCUGUCCUACCACCAUUAUAAAUUAUCAUGGCUUGCAUUACCCUUUACGCACUUCCCGCCAGUCCCCCCCUUCCUCUCUUUCUCUCUUUCUUCUUCUUCUUCUUCUUCCAUUCCCCUCUCUCUCUCUCUCUGCCGCCCUCCUCAGCUUUAUCAUUUUCUUCCUCUCACCUUCUCUUAUUCUUCUAAUCCCUACCAUCUUCCCUUGUCAAGCAGCCUUUUUCUUUUCCAAUGUUAUUUCUCUUUUCCAUUUAGCCUGGUACAACUUUGGAAAUAUCGUGGCCUGGCCGGCGAAAGUAGCUACCCUGACAAAAGCUAGCUAUUACCGGCCCUAACUGCUCUUUCUUGCUCGCCAGGCGAUAUGAAUCUAUCGAUAAAUGGGCAGUCUCAGGUUCCUCCCGGCUUCAGGUUCCACCCGACAGAAGAGGAACUUCUCCACUACUACCUGAGGAAGAAGGUCGCGUAUGAGAAGAUAGACCUUGAUGUGAUCCGCGAGGUCGAUCUCAAUAAGCUUGAGCCGUGGGAUAUCCAAGAGAAAUGUAGAAUUGGGUCUACACCCCAAAACGAUUGGUACUUUUUCAGUCACAAGGACAAGAAAUAUCCAACAGGGACAAGGACGAAUCGAGCGACGGCUGCUGGGUUCUGGAAGGCCACCGGCCGUGACAAGAUCAUAUACAGUGGAUGCAGACGGAUCGGGUUGAGGAAAACUUUAGUCUUCUACAAAGGCAGAGCCCCACAUGGCCUAAAGUCGGAUUGGAUUAUGCAUGAGUAUCGGCUCGAUGACAACAACCAGGAGCCGAACGGUCUUGCUUCGCCUGUUGAUGUGAAUAUGCCUGAAGAAGGUUGGGUCGUCUGCCGGGUGUUCAAGAAGAAAAAUUACCAGAAAGCCCUCGACAGCCCACGGAGUGCGUCCACUGCCGCCUCGAUGGACUCGAAGAUCCAGAUGUUGUGCUCUGCCGGCAACCAAGCAGGUGUCCUCGACCAGAUACUCUCCUACAUGGGAAGAACAUCCUGUAAGGUCGAGAACGAGACAAGCUUAAACCCCAAACAUCCCGAAAGAAAUUACAACAACAUCGUCGACAACGGUAACAGUAAUGGUAACAACAACAAUAAUAACAAGCAGUACCAGUUCCCACCAGGCGACGCCCUUCACCAAGAGAGGUUCAUGCAUCUCCCGGGACUCGACAGUCCGACCAUGCCACCUCCUCCUCCCAUCUCGAGCAGUUCGUCUCAUUUUGACCAAUACCAGCCGUUCGAAGAGCUGAUGCUUCCCGAGGCAGAGCCAGCAGCUUCCUCGGACGCCGCCACCCCGGACAACUCCGAGCCGCUGCCGGGGCCAGUUGGGCUGAGUGACUGGGCAGCCCUGGACCGGCUUGUGGCCUCACAGCUCAACGGCCACGACGAGCAGACCGAGCCGGCAAGACAGUUCUGCUGCUUCGGGGACGACCUUCAUGAGCUCCAUCAGGUACGGCUGAACCGGGGGAACAAUAAUAAUCAGGGCUUGCAGAUGUUUGGCUGCGAGAGUGAUUUCUUCUGGAGCGGCUUCACGGGGAAGUCUUCGUCGUCGUCGUCAUCAUCAGACCCAUUACGCCACUUGUCGGUAUAACGGAAGUAAUAAUUAAUGAAAUUCCAGAUAUUCAUACCAAAUUAAUAAUAAAUAUAUAGCGCUUUCCAACAAAAGGCCCACUGUACCUAGAGAUACUUGAAAGAUUAAUAUAUAUACACGUAGAAUAUAUUAAUCGAAUAAUAAAUAGUAAUUGUAGUUAUAAUUCUCCGGUGACAUGCAUGUUUUAAGUUGUUGUGGCCUUGUCAACACAUUGCUGAUUUUUCUUAAUAAAAACAUCUUUAUUUUUUCCGUACCCAA